AUGGAUACAGAUAAUGUAGAAGAAAAAAUCGCAAACGGACGUGGAUAUGAUCAAUUCAUUACAUUGCAAGAUGUACAGAAUUAUCUCACGGACGACCAACUUACUCUUUCUAUUAAUCUAACUAUUAAUCAAACACACAAAAACUCACUGCGUGGGCCCCGCUCAUAUCCAAAGCCUCAACCGCUCAAGUUCUAUGCCGAAGAUCUCGAAAACUUCCAAGAUGUCAUUAUACAUGUAUUCAAGGACGAAAAUAACGAAUCAGAUAAAAAUGAAAGCAAUCUCAACCACGGUUCGACCGAUAGUAUAAACAAAAAUGAAAACAAGAAGGUGGAAGACACUGAAGGAACUAUAUCAAAUGAAAAGACUACACUGCACGGCCACAAGUUUAUUCUUGCUACAGCAUCUCCGUGGUUUAGAGAUAUAUUCCUUAGCGGCAUGAAAGAAUCUACCGAUAAUGAAGUGAAGAUUCACGGCGUUGACCCAAAGAUAUUUAAAUUGAUUUUCGACUUUAGCUAUGGAAAUGAUAUAUAUAUAAAAGAUAGUAUCCACGGUAUAAGCAUUCUCAAAGUUGCCGAUCGUCUCCAGUUCAAACGUAUCAAAAAGUAUGCUUUUUCAUGCUUGCGAGCUCAGAUCAAAAACUCCAACAUAUUUGAUAUCUGGGAAGCAUCAGACUUGUACGAUUGUGAUAAAACUCGAAAACUAUGCGAGAAAUAUAUGAGGAGUAACUAUGCCGAUAUAUUUGUGUCUCCAGAGUGGCUUGCUACCAGCGAUGUCUAUGCUCUCAAAGCAAUUAAUAUAGAUGGAUUGAAAGGAAGAAUGGAUGAGACAGUAUUCUACAAGGCAGUACUUUCAAGAAGAGAGGCCGCCACCCAGGAAGUCAUCAAUUUACGUAAAGCGAAAGAGAAAGAACUGGAGGAUAAUAUGCUAAAGGCACAGCUUGGUAAUCCUACUCCAAGUGGGGAUAAUGAAUCGGAAGUAGUCAAAGGACUCGAUGAAGGAGCCAAAGACCCUAGGGAGGGAGCCAAAGACUCUGAAGCUGAUGACAAAAAUUCUGAAGAUGCUUCCAGAGAAGACACCGGAGAGAAAGGCAAAGAAGAUUCUAAAAACAAUGGAAAUGAGAAAAUGGAUACAAAUGUGAAAGCGACAGAUAACGGAUGGGAAGAUUUGCCAGAAAAUGUAAAACCAGUAGUUGAGACAGAGGAAGAGAAGCUCGAAAGACUAGAGAAUAUACGAUGGGAAGAAUAUAUCAAAGAAGAACUGGAAGCUAUACAGAAACAUUUUGAGACCAUGAUUCGUUAUAUACGCUUUCCUCAAAUGGAUAUAGAAUUUCUUGCAGAUAUAGUCGAAAAGGAAGAUGCCGUUAUGCAACUACCAGGGAUCAAAGAUAUACUGAUUGAAUCAUACCGACAUAAAGCGUUCCUUGGAAAAAGAGAAGUAUCAAAGAAGUAUCAAAGUCGAACGAUUGAAUCAAGCUAAUUUCAUAAAAUACUAUAAGCGGACAAACCAUUACUUACCUGUAUCAUAGCUCAAAUAUGUACCAAAAGUAUAAGUAUUUCUUAAACAAUUCUUUACAACUUUCUUUCCUGUUACUCUUUUUAUGAGUGUAAUUAAUAUAAAAUAUAUCCUUAAUUCAAAUGAUUUAAACUAUAAUAUACACACGUAUAAGCACAAUAAAUGAAACCACUUU